AUGUCCAAACUAUUCCACCACCUCCGUCGGCGCAGCUCUGCGCAUCGCCCGAGCCCUCCCACCCCGCGCAGGCUCUACGUCACCUCCGACUCACCUACUUUCGACAGUGCUUCCCUUCGCCGGCUAGAGACUGAGGGGUUCACGGUUGAAUAUGUGCCCUUUCGCGCAGACAGCGGCGACAUCGAUCGGGACAGGAGAGAGUUGGAGAGGGUGAUCCACGAUCGGGAAGAUGAUCUUGAGCCUGGGGAGAGAUACGCGGUUAUGGCGUACAAUCGCCCCGCCUAUCUUCUUUGGCUUUCGCAUCACCAACAAACAAGCACAAACCCCUUCCCUCGUCUGUGCGCGUUGAUUGCAUUCUACCCGGACGCUCCGGACUCUGCGUCGAUGGACUCAUCGGAACCAGCACGCCUUCCGCCGUCAACAACCGCGGCAACAACCUCGACGUCUUUGGCGUUUCAGAACGACCCGACUCUUGCCAUUCAGAUCCACCUCGCCGGAUCGCAGAAUGAGAGCUUCGCCAUGUGGGACGACAGCAACAAGCGGCACCGCUGCCAUAUACUCUUCUACCCGGAGUCCAAACCGGGCUUCGCAGAGUCCACUGUAUCACCGACGUAUGACAGGACUAGCUCACGGUUGGCAUGGAGCCGAGCGCUGAACUGUUUGAAGCGCGGUUUUGGAUGGCCUGGUGGUGGAGGUGAUUGGGGAGCGCCGGAUCCGGAACUAGUCUGGGAAGGCUACUGGAGGAAUAUUCACGAGACCGCGAAGAACCCCUUCUCUACCUCGUCGCCAGAUAUGCUUGGGCUGAUGGUGGGCGGGGGUACUGGGAAUCCCGACUUUGAUGACCGGACGUGUGUGAAUUGUGUCCCUUCUGGUGCUGGAGGUCGGUCGUCGCCAUCCGAGAUCACGACGUUUUACUCCACGCAGUUCGUCCCGGCUGGCCCGCCUUCCCAACGGAUCCGGCUGCUUUCUCGCACUUCGGGUGCGGACCGCGUGGUGGACGAGCUUUUGCUCACUUUUGAGCACACGGAGGAGAUACCCUGGCUGCUGCCUGGUGUGCCACCAACUGGGCGCUCUGUUCGCAUUCCCCUCAUUAUGACUGUUAGCUUUCUGGGUGGAAAGAUCGCCAACCACAACAUGUACUGGGAUCAAGCAAGCGUGCUGGUGCAGAUCGGCCUUUUAGACCCGACUCUUAUCCCGUCAGGUUUCAAGACAACCGGACCAAAUCGUGAGGGGAAAGACAGCAUUGAGCGAAUGCCCGUCGUAGGAGAAGAAGCGGCCAAUAGUGUUCUUAUAUAA